CUCGGUAACCCCUGGGCCGGGCUCGGGAUCACGCACGUCCCUCCGCGCUGGGGCUUAGGCGGAGCCCCGCCCCGCCCCAAGGAGUCGGCCCCGUGGCCCAUCCCCCAGCGGUACCCAGCAAGCCGCGGGCUCCGGAAAGGGCCGGUAGGGCCGUGUGACCCGCGGCUUUUUCGAGCUUCCGGUUCCGGUUCACUUCUUCUGUUUCCGGGUGAGAGGCCUUCAAUGAAAGCGUGAGACGUAUUGGCUGUUUCAUAGCUGUGGAUGAUCAGUAACACUUCUCUUGUCUUUAUAAACCAUGGCGUAUCAACUGUAUAGAAACACCACGUUGGGGAACAGCCUUCAGGAGAGCUUGGAUGAGCUCAUACAGUCUCAGCAGAUCACCCCUCAACUUGCCCUUCAAGUGCUACUUCAGUUUGACAAGGCUAUAAAUUCAGCAUUGGCACAACGGGUUAGGAACAGAGUCAAUUUCAGGGGCUCUCUGAAUACAUACAGAUUCUGUGAUAAUGUGUGGACUUUUGUACUGAAUGAUGUUGAAUUUAGAGAGGUAACUGAACUCGUGAAAGUGGAUAAAGUGAAAAUUGUUGCAUGUGACGGAAAAAAUACUGGUUCCAAUACUACAGAAUGAAUAGAAAUGUGUUUUCUGUGCAACAUUUUCUGUUAAUAUGCAGCACUUUCUGGAGAGGAGCAUGGAAAAGGACUGUUCAUAAUUUAUUCUAGUGAUGCAGACAUGAGUUAAUCCAUGCUAGAAUGCAUCGCAGAAAGGCAGUGAAAAGAAAUAUCUUUCUGUAGCAUUACUUCAAUUCACCUAAAAGGGCAUGAAGAAAACAAUGUUACUUUUUUAAAUGACAAAAACAAAUAUUGUUGCCUUUUUUUGUUCAAAGUAAUUUCUCUAAUAAACUUUUAUUUAAAAUUUUCUA